ACACAUUUUUUCAUCUCUCUAUCUCUUACUCCACUUCGUCGUUUCUUUCCGAGUAACGAUUCUCUUUCUUGUUCACAUCUAAUUUCUCCAGAUAAACCCUAAUAAAAGAAAAGAGUAACAAAAUUCACUUCGUCAUCUUCACCAAUCUCCAAUCAGCGCAUGUUAGUGGAAGGGUAUGCUUCCAGACUGAGAAACUAAGAAGACAAACUUCAAUUCGCUCUCUCUCUCUCUCUCUCGCUGAGCCAUGGCCGAGUUGCAGCGCUUAGUGGAAGGUCACCAGACUAACGGCGGUUUAGGCUUCAUCCCCUCAGCCGAAGCACCGGAAACAUCCGCCGGAUCUAAACGACUGAGAAGACCGAGCGUUCGGUUAGGAGACAUCGGCGGCGGCGGCGAGCAGUACCAGCAAGCGCCGUACGAUUCGCACGUGCGGCAGCGUCCGAAAUGGAGCAACGGAAAGGAGCCUAAUCAGAGCGGGAAGCCUCCGUCGAGGACUCGAACCCUAACGAACUUGAGCUCCGGGCACGCCCUAGACGAAGAUCCGAUUCCCAUCGGGGCUUUGCGGGUCAACAAGUGGGUCAAAGAGACGGCGGCGGCGAAGCGAGGAGCCAGGUCGAGUUGGGCGGCGAAAGAAGAUGAAGAGUUGGAGGAAGGGUUUCGCGAUUUCAGCAGAGAGGAUUCGGAGAGUCCGGAGGAGGAGGAGGAGAGACAAGGGUUUGAGAAUAGGACAAGGUACGAGAUGAUGUCGGGAGUGAAGAUUUGGCUGCGGGGGUUAGGGUUAGGGAGGUACUGGCCAAUGUUUGAGAUGCAUGAGGUUGAUGAAGAGGUCUUGCCUUUGUUGACGUUGGAGGAUCUCAAGGACAUGGGGAUCAAUGUCGUUGGGUCGAGAAGGAAAAUGUUUUGUGCUAUUCAGAAGCUUGGGAGAGAGUUUUCUUGAAAAAAAAAAAAAAAGCAAUAGUCUUUUGUUUUUGUGACAGCCAUUGCAAUGUCUGAAGCUCUUUUUUUUUCUUUUUCUUUCACUAGUGUUUGUAGUUGUAGUAUUAGAGGAUGAAGAAGAAGCAGGUUUUGCUUAUUGGUGACCAUAACAAUUAUGACA